AGUCCCCGCUGCUGCCCAACACUCGCCAUGCGUUCUGGGGCACUGUGGCCGCUGCUUUGGGGAGCCCUGGUCUGGACAGUGGGAUCCGUGGGCGCCGUGAUGGGCUCCGAGGAUUCUGUGCCCGGUGGCGUGUGCUGGCUCCAGCAGGGCAGAGAGGCCACCUGCAGUCUGGUGCUGAAGACUCGUGUCAGCCGGGAGGAGUGCUGUGCUUCCGGCAACAUCAACACCGCCUGGUCCAACUUCACCCACCCAGGCAAUAAAAUCAGCCUGCUAGGGUUCCUGGGCCUCGUCCACUGCCUCCCCUGCAAAGAUUCCUGCGACGGAGUGGAGUGCGGCCCCGGCAAGGCGUGCCGCAUGCUGGGGGGCCGUCCACACUGCGAGUGCGUGCCCAACUGCGAGGGGCUUCCCGCGGGCUUCCAGGUCUGCGGCUCUGAUGGCGCCACCUACCGGGACGAAUGCGAACUGCGCACCGCGCGCUGUCGCGGACACCCAGACUUGCGCGUCAUGUACCGCGGCCGCUGUCAAAAGUCUUGCGCUCAGGUAGUGUGCCCGCGUCCCCAGUCGUGCCUUGUGGAUCAGACCGGCAGCGCACACUGCGUGGUGUGUCGCGCUGCGCCCUGCCCAGUACCUUCCAACCCCGGCCAAGAACUCUGUGGCAACAACAACGUUACCUACAUCUCGUCGUGUCACCUGCGCCAGGCCACUUGCUUCCUGGGCCGCUCCAUUGGGGUUCGGCACCCAGGCAUCUGCACAGGUGGCCCCAAAGUACCAGCAGAGGAGGAAGAGAACUUCGUGUGAGCUGCAGCCACUGGGCCUGGCAUUUGACGCCAUCCCGAUUUUAUUUAUUGUUAUAGAAAAUAUUCUAAUUUAUGUCACAUGGACAUUUCCCAAACCUGGCCUGGAACCACUUGGGGAUCCCCCUGGGAUCCUGAGCACGUAUCACAAGGACUGAAGGGAGAUUUUUAUAAUAGUUGGUAUGUGCCAUCACCCAGGUACUGGGAUCAAAGUUAGAACCCAAGACCCCUGCUGCCCAGGGAUGGCAGCUGCAUGGAGAUCCCCCUGCUAUGAUCUCCCCACCUGCUUUCUAGGCUGGAGCUGUCGCAGGGCACAGCCGAUGAGUUGGUGUUUGCAUAUGGCUGGCCUCAGACCAGAGCGGGCAACAUCAGGUCAGAGAAACACUGGGCUCAUUCCUGUUUGGUCCACUCAGGGUGAAACCUGGUAGAAACAUUGGACCCUGGCUGACUCACAGGCCCAGGACAGCCAGUGGACACUAGGAUUCACUGUGCCCAGAGCACCCAGAGUCACUCUAGCACCCACUGCCCUGUACCCUGCACACCCACAUUAGUUUUUACGCAGUUCCCCACCAGCCCCACUCGUCCCCAAGCCCAGCUGCAGGUGGUGACACCAGCCAGAUGCUGUUUGGGGCCAGACUGAAUUACUGCCUUCACUCUGACAGCUGCUGCUGCAACUUGCCCACACCCACAAGUGCCUUCAAGGAAGCCAAAAGGGGGAGCUGCAAUGCAUUUAGGUAGAGAGUGCUUUUCUAGUGUUCACCGAGCCCGGGCUCCAUCCCCAGCACCGCAUAAACAGACAUGUUGGCUCAGGCCCCUCAUCCCAGUACUUAGAAAGUAGAGGCAAGGGCAUCAGGAGUUUAAGUUCAUCCUUGGCCACAUUAUGAGUUCAAGGCCAGCCUGGGCUAUAUAAGAUCUUAUCUUUGAAAAAAGAAAAAAAAAAAACUUAAAAGGUGUCAGACCACAACAGAAGACUAUGGGAAGGUGCCCAACCCUCCAGUUUGGGGGCAAGGAGUUCCCAGGGUCUUUCUCACCACCCUCCAGUUCUCAGCUGUGCCUUUCUUGUAAUAUCCCCAAAAGUGUCCUUAGCAGGGGAGCUAUGGUAGCCUCCCCUACCCUGGAGUUCUGCCUCACCAAGGAAAUAAAAGACAAUAGAAACCAC